AUGGCGUCGUUCAAAUCCGUGAUCGCGCGCGCGUUGGCCUCGGAUGCGUUGCACUACGCAAUCAUACCCGUCAUCAUCAUCGUCGGCAUGAACACCACGCCCGAGCCGAGCGUGUUGUCGCUUCUCACGCCGAUUUAA